ACGUCAACAUCCGGGUCACGAGCAGAUCGCCCGCGGCGCGCCACAAAAUGGCCAGCGUCAGGACGGCGACGCGUUCGAGCUAGAUCCACGAGUGGCGCGUCGGGAUGCGACAGCGACGAUGAGCAGCAGCGGCGGCGGCGGCUCCUCCGCGGCGGAGAUCGAUCACGGGCAGCUGCUGGCGGAGCAGCUCGGCUCGCUGGUGGCGGGACGGCUCUACAGUGACGUCACCUUCCUGGUGGAGCACAAGCGCUUUCCCGCGCACCGCGUCGUCCUGGCCGCGAGAUGCCACUACUUCAGGGCUCUGCUGUACGGCGGCAUGAAGGAGUCGGAGGCGCAGGCCGAGGUGCGUCUGGAGGACACGCGGGCCGAAGCCUUCGGGAUGCUGCUGCAGUAUCUGUACACGGGCCGGGCCAGCCUGAGCGCCGCUCGAGAGGAGCUGCUCCUGGACUUCCUGGGCCUGGCCCACCGCUACGGCCUGCAGCCGCUCGAGGACUCCACGUCUGAGUUCCUGAGCUCCGUGCUCGACUCUCACAAUGUGUGCCUGGUGCUGGAGACGGCCGAGAUGUACUCGCUGAGCGCCCUCGCUGCCUCCUGCUGCUGCUACAUUGACCGGCACGCCCCGGAGCUGCUGAGGAGCGGCGCCACACUAGCACUUUCCAAGGCGGCGCUGCUGACCGUCAUCCGGCGCGACUCUUUCGCAGCCAGUGAGCGCGAGAUCUUCCAGGCUUUGGCCUGCUGGUGCCGACAGAACGCCGACGGCACAGACACACAGGAAGUGAUGUCAGCGGUGCGCCUGCCGCUCAUGACGCUGACCGAGAUGCUAAAUGUGGUUCGACCCUCAGGUCUGGUUAGUCCAGAUGACCUUCUAGACGCCAUCAAGACCCGCUCAGAGACUAGAGACAUGGACCUGAACCACCGAGGCAUGCUGGUUCCGGAGGAGAACAUCGCCACGAUGAAGUAUGGGGCUCAGGUGGUGAAAGGCGAGCUGAAGGCGGCUCUGCUGGACGGAGACACUCAGAACUACGAUCUGGACCACGGCUUCUCCAGACACCCCAUCGAGGAGGAGGGCCGCUCCGGGAUCCAGGUCAAACUCGGCCAGGCCUUCAUCAUCAACCACAUCCGUCUGCUGCUGUGGGACCGGGACAGCCGCUCGUACUCGUACUACAUCGAGGUGUCUAUGGAUGAGCUGGACUGGGUUCGGGUGGUGGAUCACUCCAAGUUCCUGUGCCGCUCCUGGCAGAACCUCUUCUUCUCUCCUCGGGUCUGCAGGUACGUGAGGAUCGUAGGAACUCACAACACGGUCAAUAAAGUCUUCCAUCUGGUGGCGUUCGAGUGCAUGUUCACCAGCCGCCCCUUCACUCUGGAGCAGGGCCUUGUGGUGCCCAGUGAAAACGUGGCCACGGUCUCGGCGUGUGCGAGUGUGAUCGAGGGAGUGAGCCGCAGCAGAAACGCUCUCCUGAACGGAGACACCCGCAGCUACGACUGGGACUCCGGCUACACCUGCCACCAGCUGGGCUCCGGAGCCAUCGUCAUCCAGCUCGCCCAGCCCUACGUCAUCAGCUCGCUCAGGCUGCUGCUGUGGGACUGUGACCAGCGCUCCUACAGCUACUACAUCGAGGUGUCCACCGACCAGCAGCACUGGACCCGAGUGCUGGACCGCACCGCAGCGGCCUGUCGGUCGUGGCAGACGCUGAGGUUCGACAGGCAGCCGGCGGCGUUCGUUAGGAUCGUGGGAACUCACAACACCGCUAACGAGGUCUUUCACUGCGUGCACUUCGAGUGUCCGGCGCCGCUGGAGCCCGGCCCCGCCCCGUCCUCGUGACGCUCCUCCAGACCGGACCACCCUUCAUCAUCAUCAUCAUCAUCGUUACUGGGUGACUUUGAUCUGUUGUUGUGUUAUUUAUUCAAUUGUUUACUUAUUACUGGAAAAGUCAGUUGAUCUGAAGCAUCAUGAAACAUAUUUAUUCAAGUAAGAGUUUUGUCUCGUAAUGUAUUGAGUUCUGGUGAUGACGUUGCACUGUAGCGUUGCUAGCGGACUGACACACUUCUUUUUAGUUUUAAUUAGAUCCAUCUGAACUGAUCCUCACUAAAUCAAAGUAUAAGUGAUGUUUUAUUCUUCUCAGUGUUGUAUUUCUAGACGUUUUUUUUUAUCUGUGGUGAUGAACACAGUAGGAAUAGAUGGAGUUUGUGAGAGUCCCUGGUCUUCCAGAGUCUGAGUGUUUGCUCUGAGGCUGCUCAGGACACACACACACACACACACACACGUACGUUUUGUAAGGCUGUAAAUACUCAUUUCGAGGCUGUGUAUUUCUCUGUUUGUAUCUGCUGAGCUUAUUAUUAAAGUGUUGUUUUCCACUA